CGCUAACUCAACCCGGGUGGUGCACAGUCUUGAAUAACAUUGUCCUCCAUCUAGAAUUCUAGAUUAAAUUUUACUUUUAUCUCCACUCACCAACGGUGAUUGGAAUCCCAUCACGAACCAGUACAACACAUCCACGUCGUACACGUGGCACAAUCCCAUUCAUCUGUGACCUGAUUAACUCCCCAACUGUUGAUUUCAUCUUCGUAUUAUCGUAAACGACAGAAGAAAAUAUAGAAAUAUUGGGAGAGAGUAUUCGCUGUGACGGGAGUUUUGGUGUGUUGGGAGGCAAUAGGAACGGUUUUGUUGCCCAAAGUUUCCAUUUUUCUCCUUCCCCACUGCGGAAAAAGGAGAUUUUUUUAAGAGAGAGAGAGAAAGUGGGUGUGGGUGUGAAAGAAGAGAGAGAAAAUUAAAUCUCAAUCUACGAAUUAAGCGAUGUGGGUGUUGUUGCUGAUGAUGAUGAUGAAUAUGAUGAUGAUGAGGUGAUGCUUAUUAAUGGUUGAAUGAAUCUGAAAAGGUGACAUUCUUUUGUUCUUUUUCGUUGAUGGAAUCAUCCGACGGUCCGGAAGCUGCGAUCUUGAAGAAUAAUAAUUGGGAAAAAGCGAUCCGCUGAGGCUGUUCUUGAUUUGAUUUUAGUUUCAACUUCAUUAAUUUGUUUUCCAUUGAUUAAUUACACAAACCCAAAAAGCGAGAAGAAAAGGAAGAAGGAAUGACCGGUGGUGAUGGAGAUGUCACGGCAGCUCCGGCGGGUCCACCACCGCCGCUAGACUGGAGGUUCUCUCAGGUAUUUGGUGAACGCACCGCCGGUGAAGAAGUUCAAGAAGUUGAUAUCAUUUCAGCUAUAGAGUUUGAUAAAAGUGGUGAUCAUCUUGCCACUGGUGAUCGUGGUGGCAGGGUGGUGUUAUUUGAGAGGACUGAUACAAAGGAGCAUGGUGGAAGUAGAAAGGAUUUAGAGAAGACAGAUUACCCAAGUGGUAGGCAUCCUGAAUUCCGCUACAAAACCGAGUUUCAAAGCCAUGAACCCGAGUUUGAUUAUUUAAAGAGUUUGGAGAUCGAAGAGAAGAUUAACAAAAUCAAAUGGUGUCAAACAGCCAAUGGUGCUGUUUUUCUUUUGUCUACCAAUGACAAAACCAUUAAAUUCUGGAAGGUUCAAGAAAAGAAGGUUAAAAAAAUUGCAGAUAUGAAUAUGAAUAUGAAUAUGGAUGCUUCUAAAGCUGUUGGGAAUGGAAAUAUCGCAACUUCUUCAAACCAAAAAUCAUCACAUGGUGUAAAUGGGGAAUACACUGAUAAAUCCUACACUAGUUUGACUUUGACCAAGGAUUUGGGAAUCCAGUCAUUACGAUUACCUGUGGUAGUAACUAGUAAUGAGACAAGUCUUGUUGCAAGAUGUAGAAGAGUGUAUGCUCAUGCACAUGAUUAUCAUAUCAAUUCAAUCUCAAAUAACAGUGAUGGUGAAACAUUUAUUUCGGCUGAUGAUCUUCGGAUAAACCUUUGGAAUUUGGAAAUUAGCAAUCAAAGUUUCAACAUUGUGGAUGUUAAACCUACAAAUAUGGAGGAUCUCACAGAGGUGAUUACAUCAGCUGAAUUUCAUCCUACUCAUUGCAACACUUUAGCAUACAGUAGUUCAAAAGGAUCCAUUCGCCUUAUUGAUUUACGCCAAUCUGCAUUGUGUGAUCGACAUUCCAAAUUGUUUGAAGAACAAGAAGCACCUGGUUCAAGAUCAUUCUUCACAGAGAUAAUAGCAUCAAUCUCAGAUAUUAAAUUUGGAAGGAAUGGAAGAUAUAUACUAAGCCGUGAUUACAUGACACUUAAGUUAUGGGACAUCAACAUGGACGUGGGACCCGUUUCAACGUUUCAGGUUCACGAAUAUUUAAGACCUAAGCUAUGUGACUUAUAUGAAAACGACUCGAUUUUUGAUAAAUUUGAGUGCUGUUUAAGUGGUGAUGGAAUGCGUGUGGCAACUGGUUCUUACAGCAAUCUGUUCCGUGUGUUUGGCUCGGGUCCCACAAGUACCGAAGCCACCACCCUGGAAGCUAGCAAAAACCCAAUGAGGCGACAAGUGCAGACUCCUUCAAGGCCUUCCAGAUCCCUAAGCAGCAGCAUAACACGAGUUGUUAGACGAGGGGGAGAGAGUCCAGGAAAUGACACGAAUGGGAACUCAUUUGAUUUUACAACAAAGCUUCUCCACCUGGCAUGGCACCCAACUGAAAACUCCAUAGCUUGUGCUGCUGCAAACAGCUUGUACAUGUAUUAUGCAUCAAACGAAUCCACCCCAUAAACAAACCUUAAAUUUCUCAAACACUUU